UUAUCUGCUCCCGUUACAAUAGCAAUAUCACAGUGAGUGUUAUGGAACAUUGGUCAACAUAGAAGAAGAUGAUGAUAAGCAACAUAUCUAUACAACAAGGACGGUUUCUUCUCAACAAUUCAUUCUUCUUAUCGAAUUUCUCCUUUCGAGGUGCAGUUUAGUCACACAAUCACUUAUUUCAGGGGUUUGCAAGUUGGCACUUGUUCGACGUUUGCAACAGAAUCAAAGGAUUAAAAGGGGUUUCUCCAAAAACAUGGCUUGGAGUAUGGAUAGUGGUGACUUGGGUCUUGAAGUCAAGAUCGGGGUUGUUCAUCCUGCAACAGAUGCUUAUGCUGCAGAGGCAGUUGAAGCUUUGAAAGCCGGGAAGGUCAUCGCAGUUCCGACCGAUACACUAUAUGGAUUUGCUUGUGAUGCCUGCUCAUUGGAAGCAGUUAACAGGAUUUAUGAGAUUAAAGGCCGUAAACAUACAAGUCCGUUAGCUAUUUGUGUUGGAGAUGUAUCAGACAUAGACCGUUUCGCCCUCACUGAUCAUUUACCUCAUGGCCUGCUUGAUUCCCUACUACCAGGGCCUGUUACAGUUAUACUAAGACGAGGAGAGUCAAGUGCUCUUGAACGAUCUUUGAACCCGGGAUUUGAUAGUAUAGGAGUUAGAGUCCCUGAUUGCAAUUUCAUUAGGCUCAUUGCCCGUGGUUCGGGAACGGCGUUGGCCCUUACUAGUGCAAACCUAAGUGGACAACCAAGUAGUGUUUGCAUCAAAGAUUUUGAAAAACUAUGGGAACACUGUGCUUCUGUUUAUGAUGGUGGUACGCUUCCAUCCGGUCGUGCAGGUUCAACCGUUGUGGAUCUCACUACGCCAUACAAAUAUAAGAUUCUUAGGCCUGGAAGUGCGAAGGAGGAGACAGUUGCCAUCUUGGAGAAGCAUUCGUUUGUUGAGACAGCGUUAAGUUAGUUCAAACCUUUCUGCAGUGCCACGUUCUAGGCAUAUUCCUUAGCUUGGAAAAACCAAUUCCUUAGCUUGGACAUGCGAGGAAUUAUCUCCAAGCUUACUUAUUUCUAUUAAUUUUCUAUUAGUUAUGCCACAGACACAUGUUGUCAUGAGUUGCACUAGGCUCUGUGUCAUGUGUAUGUUUAAAAGCUCAUUAUGUUCUGUUAUAGUUAAAUUGGGUUUUUGAGAACCUAACAUUUUGUUUUUUGAGAACCUAACAUGUUACAAGGUAAUAGUGAUAAUGAUAAUUAUCUUAAUUUAAGGAAAA